UAAAAGGACCAGGGAGGAUCAGAGAGGCCAGAGGAUCCUAAGCAGCGCACCUGAAGCCUUCACUUACUCCUGCCGCACUCAGCCUCUGCUCAGACCCGCACGAUGUCCUGCCGCUCCUACAGGAUCAGCUCAGGCUGUGGGGUCACCAGGACCUUCAGCUCCUGCUCAGCUGUGGCCCCCAAAACUGGCAACCGCUGCUGCAUCAGUGCCGCUCCCUACCGAGGGGUGUCCUGCUACCGGGGGCUGACGGGCUUCGGCAGCCGCAGCCUCUCCAACCUGGGCUCCUGCGGACCUCGCAUGGCCAUGGGCGGCUUCCGCGCCGGCUCCUGCGGCCGCAGCUUUGGCUACCGCUCCGGCGGCAUGUGCGGGCCCAGCCCGCCCUGCAUCACCACCGUGUCCGUCAACGAGAGCCUCCUCACGCCCCUCAACCUGGAGAUCGACCCCAAUGCGCAGUGCGUGAAGCAUGAGGAGAAGGAGCAGAUCAAGUGUUUGAACAACAGGUUCGCUGCCUUCAUCGACAAGGUGCGCUUCCUGGAGCAGCAGAACAAGCUGCUGGAGACCAAGUGGCAGUUCUACCAGAACCAGCGUUGCUGCGAGAGCAACAUGGAGCCCCUGUUCAAUGGCUACAUCGAGACUCUGAGGCGGGAGGCUGAGUGCGUGGAGGCUGACAGCGGGAGGCUGGCGUCGGAGCUCAACCACGUGCAGGAGGUGCUGGAGGGCUACAAGAAGAAGUAUGAAGAGGAAGUGGCUCUGAGAGCCACGGCAGAGAAUGAGUUCGUGGUUCUAAAGAAGGACGUGGACUGCGCCUACCUACGGAAAUCCGACCUGGAGGCCAAUGUGGAGGCACUGGUGGAGGAGUCUAGCUUCCUGAAGCGUCUCUAUGACGAGGAGCUCCAGGUGCUCCACGCCCACAUCUCAGACACCUCGGUCAUCGUCAAGAUGGACAACAGCCGGGACCUGAACAUGGACUGCGUUGUGGCUGAGAUCAAGGCUCAAUACGAUGACAUCGCCAGCCGCAGCCGGGCUGAGGCUGAGUCCUGGUACCGCAGCAAGUGUGAGGAGAUGAAGGCCACAGUGAUCCGGCAUGGGGAGACCCUGCGCCGCACCAAGGAGGAGAUCAACGAGCUCAACCGCAUGAUCCAGAGGCUGACUGCUGAGAUCGAGAAUGCCAAGUGCCAGCGGGCCAAGCUGGAGGCUGCCGUGGCUGAAGCAGAACAGCAGGGCGAGGCAGCCCUGACCGAUGCCCGCUGCAAGCUUGCGGAGCUGGAGGCCGCCCUGCAGAAGGCCAAGCAGGACAUGGCCUGCCUGCUCAAGGAGUACCAGGAGGUGAUGAAUUCCAAGCUGGGCCUGGACAUCGAGAUCGCCACCUACAGGCGGCUGCUGGAGGGCGAGGAGCACAGGCUGUGUGAAGGUGUGGGCUCCGUGAAUGUCUGUGUCAGCAGCUCCCGCGGGGGAGUCGCCUGUGGGGGCCUCACAUGCAGCACGACUCCUGGGCGCCAGAUUGCCUCUGGCCCUGUAGCCACCGGUGGCAGCAUCACGGUGAUGGCGCCUGACUCUUGUGCCCCCUGCCAGCCCCGCUCGUCCAGCUUCAGCUGCGGGAGCAGCAGGUCCGUCCGCUUUGCCUAGAGUCCCAGGCCACCUGUGUCCCCGUCCCCAGAGCACGGAAUGGUGUGUGAAUGGAAAUCGUGUGCUUGCUUCCGGAAUCUUCCACGUGUUCCUACAGAGGGAAAGACCCUCGGCCACGCUCUGGCACCUUCUCAUUCUAGGGAGUUGUUUCCUGGUUCUCCUCUGGGCUUCAGUUAGAGAGGCAUUCCCAGUCCUUCACCUAACUCCGGUUUGACUCCAAAAGACCGUGGCCAGUUUGUAUCAUUCUCCAAGCUGUCUGGAACACUACCGGUCACCCAGGGUGGCUGGACAUCAUGGGAGCUUGGCCUUCCCGGGAGACAAGGAGUGAGCCUAACUCCCCGCCAGGUCUCCUACAGGCUGAGAGUCUGAGAGGAAAUCCUCCCUCCCAGCAGCAGUCCUCCCUCUCUCCUGGCUGGGAGUUCUGCAGGAAGCAUUGGCCCAGGGUUAUUCUUGUUUGUGUUUUGCUUGUCUCUCUAACUGACUGCCUUCUUUGGGUUAACCUGUCCCAGCCAAACUCCUCAUGUGAACUCCCAGUUGAGGGGCUCAUUACGGAGGGGAAUCCUUUUGACUUGGCACAGGUCUUGCUAUUCAUUGCACCUUUAUACAUUUCAAAGAAAACUCCAAGGUUGCUCCAGACCUCCCCCUGCGGGUGCAGGUGGGGUGUGUCCAAUGUGAGCCAGUGGGAUGGAGAAGGUUAGGCCACUUCCUGAGUCUCCCUCUUGUUACGACUGUCUGUGGGUGCCUUGCCUUCUGGGUUGUCUCAGUCUGUGUUUCAAUAAAUGCUGCUUUGAUGCAAG